CCAUGAGUUCGCAAGAGCAUUCUACUAUGUCAUUCUAGAAUCAGAGUGGCUUUUGGAGCCAACAGAAUGUGAAAUAGAAUUAGCACAACAAUUACGUGAAGAUUUUAAUAUAUCUGAUAAUACCUUUGGCCUUUGA